CAUAAUAAUAAAAAGAAACCACCACCAUUACAUAUUAUGGAUAAUAAUAAAUCACCACAAUCUGGUGAUGGUAAUGCUGCAAGUGGCAGUAUGGAUGAUCCAAAUACACCUGGUCCAUUAUCGGCUGAAUCUAAAUUACGUAAACAAUUGGAAAAAGAACGUAAAAUUGGCCAUAGACGUGUUGAUGAAGAAGGACAGGUUACAUAUAAAAAAUUUCCAACCACACAGAUUAUGGGCUCAAUACAAUUAGGUAUUGGCCAUGCUGUCGGUUCAUUAGCAUCGAAACCGGAACGUGAUUUAUUGAUGAAAGAUUUCAUGGAAAUUGAAUUAGUACAAUUCAAUAAGGAAGGUUCACAAACAACACCGGCUCAUCAUUAUAGUGAUUUUAAAUUCAAAGUUUAUGCACCGAUUGCUUUCCGUUAUUUUCGUGAUCUAUUCGGCAUACAACCGGAUGAUUAUCUAUUAUCAUUAUGUAAUGAACCGUUACGUGAAUUAUCGAAUCCAGGCGCCUCUGGCAGUGUUUUCUAUCUAACAUUUGAUGAUAAUUUUAUCAUAAAAACCGUACAACAUAAAGAAGCAGAAUUUCUACUUAAAUUAUUACCAGGCUAUUAUAUGAAUCUAAAUCAAAAUCCACGUACAUUACUGCCAAAAUUUUUUGGACAAUAUUGUUACAUUUGUGGUGGAAAAAAUGUACGAUUCGUUGUCAUGAAUAAUCUAUUGCCAAGUUUUGUUAAAAUGCAUCAAAAAUAUGAUCUAAAAGGUUCAACAUAUAAACGUAAAGCGAAUAAAUAUGAACGACAAAAACAAUCACCAACAUAUAAAGAUUUAGAUUUUAUUGAACAUCAUCCUGAUGGUAUUUAUUUGGAAAUGGAAACAUAUAAUGCAUUGAUAAAAACAAUGCAACGUGAUUGUCGUGUAUUGGAAAGUUUUAAAAUAAUGGAUUAUUCCCUAUUGGUUGGUGUACAUAAUUUAGAUCAAUCAGCAAAAGAAAAAGAAGAACGUCAUCGUCAACAAGCUGAACAGGCUGUAUUGGCAGAAUUGUCUAAAAAUUUCGACACAACAAAUAUUAGUGGUGAUAAUAAUCAUCAAAAACAAUUGACCAGGCAAAAAUCCACAACAAAUAAACAAAGAAUUGCAGCAUUCUCAACGGCAUUGGAAUCAAUACAAGCUGAAGUGGAUCCAAUCGACCAAGAAGAAGAUAUUCCACCUGGUGGAAUACCGGCACGAAAUUCCAGAGGCGAACGUUUAUUAUUAUAUGUUGGCAUCAUUGAUAUAUUACAAUCAUAUCGUUUUCGUAAAAAAUUGGAACAUACAUGGAAAUCUGUAUUACAUGAUGGUGAUACAAUUUCUGUACAUCGUCCCGGUUUUUAUGCACAACGUUUUCAUGAUUUUAUGAGCACAAAAGUAUUUCGAAAAAUUCCAUCACUCGAUUUGCCUGAAAUCAAAGGACCACAUCGAAAAUUUCGUAAUUUGGUUACAAGUUACAUAGGUCUUGCAUUGAAUAAACCAUCAUCCCAUAAUAAACGGGCAAUCAUCACCAACACCACCACCACUGCCAAUCAUAAUACAAUUAGCCAAAAUCAAAUAUCAAAUGAUGAUGAUGAUAAUAAUGAUCGCGAAAAAUCUUACUCGAUUACCGGUAUGACACAACCAAAACAAAAUCAUACCGUUAUUAAUAAACAAGGACAACCACAGCAACAACAACAACAACAGCAACCACCUGUUGUUAUGAGCAAUAUUCAGCACACAAAUUCAUUACGUGAUCGUCAUAUUUUUAAUAGUGGUAUUGGUGGUCAAUUUCCUACGAUUGAUAAUUCAAAAUAUCUUAAAACAGCUGUCAUUAAACAGACUGUUAAUAAACAACAAUCAAUUAUACAAAGUGUGAUCCAAAACAACAACAACAACAACAACUAUCGAUUCAUGAUCAGAAGUAGCAAUCAAGAACAAUAUAACGAAUCAACUGUUAGUAGUUCUGGUUCAUCAUCAUUCACAUCAUCCGGUUUGGGUAGUAGCACUAUAAAAAGCACUAUUACAUGGACACCACCGCAUAGUAUUGGAACGGCAACACCCACACAUACAGAAGGAACACCAUCAUUGACUGAAUCAAGUGAAAGUGAAUAUUAUCCAUCGACACCGAUGCGAAUGUUACGGCAUAAAAUGAAUCAUCAUUCAAAUCAAUCAUCGAAUCAUUAUCAUCAUUCAAAUUUAUGUUCAACAAACGAAUCGAAUAUCGAUGACCAUGUUAUUAUCGAUGAUGAUGAUGAUGAUGAUGAUGAAGAAGAAGUGGUAUGUACGAUUAUACACCAACAACAACAACAACAACAACAAACAAUAAAACCAUUUCCACAACAAUGGCUCUACCUAUAUCCGGUUGUGAUCUAACCACA